UCUUCCAUAGUGGGAGGUGUAGUUUUGUGGAGAAGUCACCGCAGAUCAAUGAACUGAGCGAAACAGACGGGCUGGGCAAGCCGACUACACCGAGCGUAUGUGGGAUAUAUGCUUUUCCUUCCGCAAGACAUAAUAUUUCCUCCCUGCGACGAUUCGCUCUUAAAGAUACAACUGAGUGAGACUAUAUGACAGCACUGCUCGGUCUCUAUGGUUUGUAGAGCCACAACACACAACUUUACCCUCCUGGAUAGGCAAGAACAUACAAGAUAGAAGCGUUUAGUAGAAAUUUAUUCAUCCGUCAAGGGGAUAUUCGGUUGUUGAGGAUGAUUUUUGCAAAUUCUGGACACACAGUGAGGACGUCGUAUAAUCGUAAACAGCCCCCUGUUGGCCCCGCCUCCCACCCGAUGGCUCCGCCCAGUCCCGGGACCAACAGCAGCACCAAUCACAGCAGCAGCAGCAGCACGGCCGGCUGGGAGCAGCUCAGUAAAACUAACCUCUACAUUCGUGGGUUACCGCCAAACACCACCGACCAUGACCUGGUCAAGCUCUGUCAGCCGUAUGGAAAAAUCGUAUCAACCAAGGCCAUCUUAGACAAAACCACAAACAAAUGCAAAGGGUAUGGCUUUGUGGACUUUGACAGCCCUGCUGCUGCUCAGAAAGCCGUCAGCGCUCUGAAGACCAGCGGCGUCCAGGCUCAGAUGGCAAAGCAACAAGAGCAGGACCCCACUAACCUGUACAUCUCUAACCUGCCGCUGACCAUGGAUGAGCAGGAGUUAGAGGCCAUGCUGAAGUCUUUCGGACAGGUCGUCUCCACACGCAUCCUACGGGACAGCAACGGGGCCAGCCGAGGGGUCGGAUUUGCCAGGAUGGAGUCAACAGAGAAAUGUGAAGCUGUCAUCUCUCACUUCAAUGGAAAAUUUCUGAAAACACCAGCUGGAGUUAUGGCGCCGUCAGAACCCUUGCUGUGCAAGUUUGCGGACGGAGGCCAGAAGAAGCGUCAGAGUCAAAAUAAAUAUGUGCAGAACGGACGAGGCUGGGCCAGAGACGGGGACAGCAGACUCGCUGGCAUGACCCUCACGUACGACCCCACCACAGCUGCUAUGCAAAAUGGAUUCUAUCCGACUGCCUACAGUAUUACAAACAGAAUGAUCACACAGACGCCCAUGUCUCCAUACAUCUCCCCUGUGUCCACAUACCAGGUCCAGAAUCCAUCCUGGGUCACCCAUCAGCCGUACAUCAUGCAGCAUCCGGGAGCAGUGAUAUCGCCCUCUAUAGAUCACUCCAUGUCUCUGCAGCCCACGUCCAUGAUGAGUCCUCUCACUCAGCAGAUGGGUCACCUCUCUCUGGGCAGCGCAGGAACGUAUAUGCCAGCCAGUCAAGCUCUCCAGGGGCAGUACAUCCCUCCAUACACUCACAUGCAGACCACCGCAGUCUCAGUAGAGGAGAACAGUCCACAACCUCAGGUGGAUUCGUCCAGUGAUCAUUCACCUUAUACCUAUCAGCAGGCCAAGUGAUGAAGAGGGUUGAGAGAGAAGGAGACGACUGCUAAAUCAAUAACAGCUUCCUUUGAAGGACCGGCUCUACCGAUGAAUCAACAUUUUGCACAGGUUCUACGAUGAGUUCCUUGGUUUUAUAAUAAAACUACUUCAACUAUUUUGGUAUAAGUUCCAUUAGGUGCAAAUCAAGGAUUCAUUUCAUCCGAGGAUGCUAACAAAGAAAAACAAA